CUCUUCCAUGCUUGUUAUUUCUGUUGAAAUUUUUUAGAAUCCAAUUUAUUCAUGAGUUCAGUGAGUCAAGGCAAAAAUGAAAAAAUGCUAGCAUCACACGAAUCCGCACUUACUCCUACAUUGAAAUGGAGGAAGAAUCAAUUUACGUGUAACAAUUCUAACACUACAACGACUGCCACUAAUAUAUUGACCCCCAGAAAUGAUGUAUCAUAUGCUACAUUUUUAUCUUAUCCUCAUCAAUCUGAUUUAAUGACACAGUCAACUACUUCACCUCAAUAUAUGUUACCAAAUGAUUGCAUUAUUAAAUCCAUAAAUGAUAAUAGUAAUGAUUUAAAAGAAAUUAAUUCUAUCCCUUUGUCAAAUAUAAAAAUGGUAUUGACUGAACGAAAGAAAUCGUCUUAUCCUGAUUUAUUCAUGCUAAAAACUAAUCAAAAUGUUACAACAAAUCAUGCUAUUGUCGUAUUACCGAAACAUUCACAUUCUACUCGAUCAUCUCGUACAUCAUCAACACGUCUCCGGCCUGAUAAUAGUUGA